AAAUAAGAUCUGCGAAAGUACUUUUAGGGACCAAUGAUUUUCAAAUGGCUAACGUACACCAGAAUCACGAACGCAGGACAUUUAUUUUCUGAACGGACAAAGAAGAGGAUUGUAUGUAAUACUCGAACGUCAUUAUUAUUGUUAUAGAAUCGAGCAAGGAAAAUAUGUAGCAGGGAAACAAAGAAUUAUGAAAACGCUUCUACGGUCAGAUGGGUUUGCAGAAACGUUGCAAUUUAGGAAACCAAUGUACAUCUUUCUCUGCGUUGUAUUGCUGUUUCACAUCAUUGCGGCCCGCACGUCCCGUACGAAGCGAUCAGAAAAAACUGUGAAACCGAGAAACACAUGUCCCCUGUCCGAUAUCAAUCCAAAGAAUCCAAAGGCAUCAAUUAAGUUGAGAUGCGUUUGCGUCGUACCACCGGAUUGCAUUUUCGAAUGCCUGCUGUGGACGUUUUCCUGUGUUGGACAAUAUCCAGCAAAGGCUAAUGUUGUCCAACAGCUCGACCCAAGGAUUGAUGGAAUAGAGGUAUUGGAUUUAUCUAAGAACAACAUAACAACAAUCAAGAACACUGCCUUUUCACAUGAAAAUAUCUCCAGGUUUCUAACAGUUCUACGACUUGCUAAUAACCUUUUGAAAGUUCUUAGAAAGGGAGCAUUUUCUACACUUGAACAAUUAGAAUAUUUAGAUUUAUCAAACAAUGAUAUUGGUUCUGUACCAUCAAACGCGUUCGCUAGAUUGGUAAACUUGUCAACAUUAAGGUUGGAUAGGAAUGCUAUAACAAAACUCAGUUCAUUGUGUUUUAAUAAACUAUCAAGGCUUGAAGAGCUGCAUUUGGAUCACAAUCAGCUGAAAAGUCUAGGUGGAAGAGAUAGAUUUAACAGGCUUGAGAACUUAAAAGAGCUUCGUGUUAGUCAUAACCAACUGACAAAAACAUUCACUGCUUAUUACAAGAAUAGCGAAAAGUUGGAAUAUUUGGAUCUGUCAUAUAACCUUAUCAAAAGUAUUUCAGCCCGAGCAUUUAUAUCAUUUGAAAACCUUAGAUGGUUACAUAUGGAAGGAAACCCAUUGACAACCAAAACAGUUGAAUCUGCAUUUACGAAUGCAAAUCUUAUCUUUUGGUUCUCCGUUGUGAAUGACAAUACCACACGUUGGAUAGAAGUCAUCAAUGGCACCGGAGUGACGGAAGGUUCAACUUCAUCAUCAACUACCUCCACUACAUCUGGGAACCCCACAGAAACUAGCCCUAUCGUUGUUUCCCAAGGCCCAACUGACCAAAUAAUGGAUACAACACCAACCACCCUAACAGAUGGAACAAUUGAAACAGCCACUGAGAAGAAUCCGCCUAACAUGAAUGAAGUCUAA